UGCGCUCUCGGCUCUUAGUUCGGGCCCAGGACGACGACGAGAGACGGAGGGACGGGCAGCGAAGGGAAAGGGAAGGAAAGGGGAGCCAAGGAAAGCAAAGGAAAGCAAAGGAAGGGGAGGGAGGGUGGCGUGAGGAGCCUCCUUGGGACGCAGGAAAUAUCGUCGGCGCUGGUCUUGACGCGGAUCGACACAAUUCGAGUUCGAAGAGCGACGGGAUUUCUGCAGAUUCAUGACAAGUCUGUGAACUCGAAGAGCGCUCCGAUAGCUCCAAGUCCCGGGAGCGAACAUGAGGCGCCGUGUACCCGAGGAGGCUGUCCCUGAAUCUGUCGGUGGCGUGCACAACGAUGAAUCGAAUGCCGAGGAGGACAAAAAGAAGGCUCCCAAAGUCAAGUCGUUGUAUCCUGCAGCUCCGGAAACCGAUCUCGCCGUCCCUGCGCUGUUGUUGUUGAUUUUAAUUUAUGGGUCCUUGUCGCUCGUGGCUAUUAAGGCAAUGCACAUGGGAUUCGUCGUGCCGUUAUCCAAGAAUGCGACAUCGGACAAUUUCUCGGAAGGGAGAGCUAUGGACCAUAUUUUUAGAUUGUCUGGAGAUAUCACAGGCAGACAGGAAGGGCAAAAAGGUCUAGAUCAAGCUGCAAAGUAUAUAAAAGACGAACUCAAUCAGUUGAAGGAGAGAGCAAGUUCCAGUGUCACCGUUGAUGUCGAUGAAUCCUUCGUGGAUGGUUCAUACAAUCUAGUAUUUUUACAACACAGCCUCAGUUUCACUUACAGGAAUCACACAAAUAUAGCCGUGAGAGUUUCUGCUAAAGACGCUCGCGAAGAUGCAGCAUCUUUACUUCUAAAUGCCCAUUUCGAUGGUCCACUUGGAUCUCCUGGUGCAUCUGAUUGCGCUUCAUGUGUAGCUUCAUUGCUUGAAACACUUCGCUAUUUGAUAGACACCAACUGGGUCCCGCCGGCUCCUGUCAUCUUUCUUUUUAACGGUGCUGAGGAGCUUUUUCUUCUUGCAGCUCAUGGUUUUAUAACCACACAUAAAUGGCGUGCAUCAAUAGGCGCUGUAAUCAACGUCGAAGCUUCUGGUGCAUGUGGACCUGAUCUUGUCGUACAAUCUGGGCCUGGAUCCUGGCCAUCAAGAGUGUAUUAUGAGUCUGCAGUGCAUCCUAUGGCAAAUGCUGUCGCGCAGGAUAUAUUCCCCUUAAUACCAGGAGAUACAGAUUACCGGAUCUUCUCUCAAGACUUUGGUGAUGUACCAGGACUAGAUAUAGUAUUUAUUCUCAAGGGCAAUGUGUACCACACACCAUACGACAAACCCGAGGCCAUGGUACCUGGAAGUCUACAGGCCCGAGGUGAGAAUCUUAUCGCCCUUGUAAAGGGGUUUACUAGCGCUCCAGAACUGAAAGGAGCUGCUGCGAGAGCAGAAGAGAAAGAGGCAUCCGCUAACGAACCUGUGGAACGGCGCCCGGUCUUUUUUGACAUUUGGGGCAUGUUUAUGGUCUUUUACCCGUACAAGGUGGCAUCAGCAUUACACCUUAUGCCCUUGGCAAUUGUCUUUCUUGUUCCAACAAUAACCUCGCCUUUAGUGUCGGGUUUUCCAACUGCUGGUUCUCGAGCUAAAUAUAUUAUUCAAGGAUGGAUGGUACAAGCUGUCGCUCUGCUUUUGGGAAUUCUAUUCCCUGUGGUCCUUGCGAUUAUGCGAUUAUCCGUAUCUACUACUGCACUAACUUGGUUCUCGCGGCCAUGGAUUGCUCUGUGCAUGUUUGUGCCUAGCUCUUUGGCAGGUUUGCUCCUGCCAAGGGUAAUAUGGACGAAUGCCACAGUUGACAUCAAUGUGAGACAAGAGUCUGUAGAUUGGUCUGGUCACUGGGGAGCUGUCGGCUUGAGUGGUCUACUGGCUGCGGUUAUCACACUCUCUGGAGGUAGCGGUUAUCUGGACUUUAUAUGGGCAUUCUUCCUCAUUCCAGCGUUCCCAAUUUUCCGUCUAUGCCAGCACCUUUUUGGGAAACAGUCCCUAUUGGCCUUGAUGGGGUACUUGAUUACCUUAAUUCUUCCUAUCGCAUAUUCUGUGUACUUCGGUGGAGUAUUUGUUCAAUUCCUAGCUGAAAAGUCGGGCAUGACUGGCUCCAAUCCAUUACCAUUCGGAUUUUAUAUCUCUGAUGUAAUCAUGUCACUACUAGUGGGUGGUUGCAUGGUUAUGUCUGUUGCACCAAUUCUUCCAGUUGUUGCAAGAUGGAUAGGGAAGCCAUAUAUCGUUCGCAUGCUGUUAUAUGCAAGUAUUGGGGCAGCAGCACUUUCCUCUCGGGCAUUCCCUUACACUUACGAUGCUCCCAAAAGACUCGUGCUGCAACAUUCAUUUUACACCUCAGGUGGAAACGAAAUUAUCCGUUCAAGCUACGAUUUUGCUUCCGUAGACCCAAAUCCGGUUGCACUUAUCUGGAAACAAGCUCCGACCCUUGCAGAGUCUUUACAUUUGACUGAAGCUCAAAUUUUAAGCGACAUUGAUAUCGAUCCUGUCACGUUUACAGCGUUGUACCCCAUUUCCAGAAUGCUCAACAGGGGCACUCAAGUUCCUGUCUCUGCUUCCAUGAACCUUUUGAGAAAAUUUCCGUUACUACAAGUCGUCAAGGAAGAGAAAGAUGAAACUAAUCCCAAUACACCGAAGAGACGAAUUCAUAUUGAACUCGACUUGGGGGAUCUACAGGAGGUAUGGGGAGCUGUUAUGAACAUCACUGGACCAAUGAUGAAUUGGUCAUUUGCAGAUCAAAAGCUCCCAGGUACAGAAGCCGUUUCUGGAGGCCCACCAUCAUAUAUAUGCAGGUUAUCGGGACACAACGUGAAAGACAAUUGGCUCUUCUGGGUUGAGGCAAGCAAUGAUGAGGUCCUGAGAAUAGAAUUGGCUGUUCUCGACCAAGGCUUGGAGAGGGAAACAGAAAGACUAGUCGCUUCUUUCCCACCUUGGGUCGCAGUUACUGCUGGUUCCAGCUACUUGUCAACAUACACAUUUUAGAGCAACCACAUUGUAAGUUGGAAGUAACAAUUCUUUCAUCGCAGCUUGCGGAAGUACUGUGUUCGAUUGAACAUCUAUUCUAAGGCUCAUUGUGUGAAUCGAUGCGUUUUCGACUUGAAAUCUCGUUUAGUCAUAUUCCAAGCUCUCUUCUGCUUUGGAAGUCGAAUGCGUUUUGUUGUAAAUUGUAUGCGGACCACAAUACGCAGUAAUCUUUGGUCACUACUACGAAACAAGACCUCCACGAGUUAGUUUCUCAAUAUUAUUUCUCAUGAACGAAAUUAGAUGUUUGUAAUCUUGUUUAGUGUUGUCUUUAGUACUAUGCAACCACAUUGUUUAAAGAUGUUAAACAAUAUCUUAGAGGAAGAGAGCAGAUUGAACAAUAAAAAAUUUGGCAAAGAGGGCGGCCCCUAUCCCCGAGUUGUGCAAAACAUGUCAAAAUUUGUAUAAACUAUUCCA